GAGUCGGCGCUAUCUCCACGCGUCGAUUUUAGCGAAACGCCUUUUACAGUGACAUUACGCGAAUAACAGCUGACAAAGAAAAUUGUUGACAAAGUCUAACAAAAGCCAAUUGUGCCUUGAGAUUUAGAGUUGAUUAAAUGCCAGUGUUAACGGUUUAAUAGAACAGUCUUUGGAACUACACUUCUGAUCUCAGGAUAUGUGCUGUGUUUAUGUGAAGAAGAAGAAUUAGUCAUCUGAAAAUGGGGUAAUAUGUUAUUUGUGUGAGUGAUAGAACUAAAUUGUUCAAUUUAAGCUAAACAUUGUGUGGGAAGAUAUUAGUGGUUUCUUGUUAUCAAAAAAGUGAUAAAAAGAUUACCAGCCAUGUCUUCUAUGAACUAUAUUGGGAAGUUCAUUGCAAAUUUCCGUGAGUUUUAUAAUGAGAUCAACGCAGCGACGCUUACUGGUGCCAUUGAUGUGGUGGUGGUCGAACAAGCGGAUGGUAGUUUCACCUGUUCUCCAUUCCACGUCCGUUUCGGAAAGCUGGGUGUGCUACGCUCGAGAUUUAAAGUGGUGGACUUAGAGUUAAAUGGGGAACCCCUGAAUAUACAUAUGAAGCUAGGCGAAUCGGGCGAAGCAUUUUUUGUAGAGGAAGUGGGCGAAGACGAAGCAGAGUGUUCUGCUCAUCUCGCCACCUCACCGAUUCCUGCAGCUCGCUUUGAGGACCUGUAUGAACCUAGACGUCGAAACUCGCUCUCUGCAGUCGAGCCUGACCACGGUCAGGCCUCUGAUUAUACAAAGCGAAGAUAUACUGCAGAUGGGCAAACUAUGCAGAAACCUAACUUGAGUAGUCUAACUAAGAAAAUAAGCAAAGAGGAGAAAUCCGUUAAUGACAAUGAACAUGACGCUCUAUUCGAAAUGGAAGGUCUCGAUGAGACUACAUCCGAUUGGACCGAUGGUAGAACGCCAAAAACUUUCGCAGCAGCUAAACUCGGGGGUGCGGAGAGCGAAGCCAGUCAGACCGUGCAAAAGAUUAGUGCACAUAACGAUUUUCGACCUAUAGACGCUGCUCCCUCUAAUCAAGAAGAAUUGAAGCAAAAUGGUAACGGAAAGAAGAAAAAGAAAACGAGGAAAGUGAGUUCCAAGAAAAAACAACAAAGGAAAUCCUCAACUAGUUCCAUUUCUAGUCAAUCAGAUAGAGCCGGCUCUGAUCAGCGUAGUUCGCAACCAACAAGCAUUCCCAACGUCCACGACAUCAAUUUCUUUAGCGACAGUGAAGUUACUGCUGCAACCCUGAGUGAAGAGAUGUCAAACCUCAACCUGAAUGGCGAAAACCGCAUCCCGAUGGCGUUGUCCGACACAGCAUUUGAGGUGCACGCCGCCUCCAGACACGCCCGAGGUUCCCGUGGAGGCACUCCAGUGCAGUCGGACACGGAAGUGGAGCUCUCUCGAACAAGUGGAGACAAAUCAUCGCAGUCAUGGAGAUGGGGAGAGUUGCCCGAGCCCCCAGUACGCACAGUAGAGUCUCCCGUGACCUCAGUGUCGCCUGCAUCACCCGCGUCUCCCGCCGAGCCCGCAUCUCCGACGGAACCGUUGAGCUCCGAUGAAGAGCGGCCAGGUCGUCGGGGUGUCCUCAGUGGCAUGUUUAGAUUUAUGUCAACGCGCGAGGCGAGCAGCGAUAUCACCGAAGGCGUUUAUCUGGAUGACCUGGAUAGAGGACAGGUGGAUCCCAACCUCUAUUUCCCGAAACAUUUCACUGAUCGCUAUCGUUCAAGUAUUCCGAGCACCUCAAUGGUCACGGUCGGCCCAACGGAAGAGGAGUACGAAUCCGGGAACGGUCCCUCGUUACCGCAAUCACCGGCGUCGUUAGAGCCACCCACGCUCGACUCCGAUGACGACGAGAAACUUCUUGCCAAGGGUGCGGUGGAGGUAUACUUGCGGGAGGAGAUGGUGUCUCGCGUGCUGCCGUUCGAGGAGUUCUGCGCGCGUGGCGCUGCUCUGGCCGGAGACCGCGACGGGCGACUGCUGGUCCGGCUCGGUGGCCGCCUGCUGCCCUGGCGCAGCGCCGGCCCGCUGCUGCUCUCCCUACUUGCAUACCGUCGCCCGCUGCCCACUCGAGUAAUGGAGGAACUAGAAAAGGGUACCGACAAAGAAGGCGUCGAGUCACAGUCCCGGGCGGCGGAUAGUGUUGCCAAGCCGCGCGGCUACUCCUGGUGGAGCUGGCGACGGUCCAACGCGGAAGCGACACGUAAUGAGAAUUUAUCAUCCACUCUUGAGGCUAAAGAUAAUAAUUUAGGAGAAUCUGAAGCAAUAACAGAAGCGAAAGGACCGGGGGUUAAUGUAGAAAAAAUAGGAGAAGAUAAAGUAGAAGUUACUAACAUUGACGAAAUAACAGAAUCGACGGUAGCUAAUAUACUUGAUCCUAUCGACAAUAAUGCAAUAAUCAUAGAGGACAAAAAAACACACGAUCUGGAAGCAGAACGACAAGAUCACAGUUCAUCUGAAUCGGACCAAGAGGGUCAUGUACAAAGACCUACACGGCGACAUUCCACGUUCCGUAAAUCUCUUAGAUUGUCAUCUGAACAAAUAAAAAACCUGAAUCUUCGUGAAGGUAUGAAUGAAAUGGUGUUCAGCGUGACAACCGCAUAUCAGGGCACGACUAAAUGCAAGUGCAACGUUUUCCGCUGGCGGUAUGACGACAAGAUCGUCAUCUCUGAUAUUGAUGGCACGAUCACCAAGUCGGAUGUGUUAGGGCACAUUUUCCCAUUGGUGGGUAAAGAUUGGGCGCAGUCGGGUGUGGCGCAGCUUUUCACUAAAAUCAAGAACAACGGUUACCAAUUGUUGUAUCUAUCGGCACGCGCUAUUGGACAGGCAAGGGUAACACGCGAAUACCUGCGUUCCAUCAGACAGGGUGAGGUGUGCCUGCCGGACGGGCCACUACUUCUGAAUCCCACGUCUCUGUUACGCGCCUUCCAUCGCGAGGUCAUCGAGAAGAAGCCUGAGGAGUUCAAGAUACAAUGCCUUGCAGAUAUUAAGGCGUUGUUUCCGCAAGGAUCUAAUCCAUUCUACGCUGGAUAUGGUAAUAGGGUUAAUGACGUGUGCGCUUAUCAAGCAGUGGGUAUUCCGAUCGUGAGAAUUUUUACUAUCAACUACAAAGGCGAACUGAAACACGAACUCACCCAGACAUUCCAAUCUACUUACAACGUGCAAAGUAACAUGGUCGAUGAUUUCUUCCCGCCACUGAAACGUGAUAAUAUUAUUAAAUCUAGCUCAAGCAUUAGGUACUCUCACAUGUCAGUGAUGGUAGACCAGGUAUUCCCUCCAGCCUUAUGUGAACCUAGUGAUGAAUUCUCGCAGACGGUGUUCUGGCGUGAACCGUUACUUGCCAUUGAAUUACCGGCGAUUGCUCCGGUUGUAUCGUCCAAACAUUAGCUUACUAUUCGUGCUAUACAGCUCUUUAGUGUCCAUGUAAAGCCGAAACCGAAACCGAAUUUCAAGUCUCUGGAGUUUUAUUAGUUUUUACAUACGUAGACAAUCAUUUGAGAAAUCAUUGCCUUUAUUGCUCAAUUGAUUUUGUACUGUACAAAUAAAAAGACAUUUAUAAUUUAUUAAAACGAUCAAUCUGUGAUAACCCAGCCUUGAUUAACCAUUGCGAAUAAAACACAAGAAUUAAAUACUUUAUUACAUAACAAUUCUGUUUCGGGUUCGAUCUAUUUACUACAAGUACAGAAGCUCCAAUUUAGCGCCAAAUCCGGCCGAAAGUUCGAACGGACACUAUAGCUCUAUAGCUAUUAAUUGAAAUACGUAUAUUUUGGUUCAACUGUAAUCUGAGUGUACUUAUACUUAAAAUAUACGUUUCUGUAUGCAUCAAUUACAAUUUAUUACAAAUAUCACAUCGAUACAAUUGGGUUUAAAACGAAUAAUAUCUCCGCCAAUACGUAAUGGAAAUAAGAACAUGACGAUAUAGUUUAAUUUAAUAAAAUUUGUUUAUUUGUUCUAUUUUACUUUCUUUAUUACUGGACACAUCUGUUUUUGAAUGGACUCAUUUUUAUACCGUGUCAAACUACAUUUCACCACAUACAAGCAUUAUAGUUACACAGUUGUGUUAAUGUUGGUGGUAUAAUAAACCAAAUAUAAACUCUAAAAUAUACACAUCCACCGAUGAAUCAUUUUUAUUCAAUAUAUAUUACUUAGAAAGUAGGUACACGCCACUGUUGUAGUAGUAAAUUAAUAUUAAAGAUUAUGUUCCUGCUAUAUUGAUAUUGUAAUUUAUAGUUUCAUUGUGCAUGUGUUUUUAGAACAUAUUAUUUAAUAUGAAUUGCAUCUGUAUUGCAUAAUGAAAUGAAGUAGAAGAAAAUUGCAAACCAUAUCUAUAGGUAAUGAUUUCAUUUGAUGAAUGUGCUGUGAUAUAGUAGUGAUCUCACAUAAUUCACAGUCGAAAAUUAUUACUGGAAUUGCGGCGAAUGAUACAAUUCAUGCUCCAACGGUGAAAUUGGCUGUUUCUAUGCUUUCAGAUUAGAUGUUUUAGCUAACAUUUCGACUGCACGCAUACUGUACACGUCU